UGGGAGUGAAAGUGCCACUGAUGUGCCUGAAACAGUUGAUGCUAGAAAUGUCAACAGCGUUACCCCACCCAUCAUUAAUGUUGACGACCAGGAACAUUCAACCUCAGGUGGAGACUCAUUCUUUGAUGAAAGUCUAGCUAAUCUGAGAGCAGUUUUCCUGAAGAAGAUCCAGGUGUACUAAGAGAUACCUUAAUGAGGUAUGAAGAUGUCCACAUUGCAGCCCAAGUUGUCAGUGACAAGGCAGAAAUUACUAUGUCAGGAGCAGAAAAUGAUGAGUCGGUGGCAGAAGUACUUAAACGGUUAAAGAAAGAAAUGAAGAGUGAAGGCAAUGCAGAAAAGUUGAAAGUUGAUGAAGAGGAUUUAGCUGUUGACUUUUUCCAGUAUUAUAAGAACAACAAUUUUGAUCCAAAGACUCCCAUUAAAGUCCAGCUUAGAGGUCAACCAGGUAUUGACUCUGGAGGUAUAUUGAGACAAGCAUUUAGCACUAUUUUUGCAUUGCUUGCAAGGAACGAGUUUCUUGGAUUAAGGUUGUUCACUGGUCCUGUUUGCCGGUUGACCCCAGUGUACAGUAGUGAAUGUAUAUUAACUGGUGUUUUUGAAAUAAUCGGAAGAAUGAUCAGCCACAGCUUGAUACAGAAUGGUCCCGGCUUUCCCUAUUUUACCCCAGCUGUUUAUUCAUAUAUUGCCACUGGAAAUCUAGAAGAAGCUAUUACUAAAGUGUCAGUUAUUGAUAUUGCAGAUCCUGACCUUGUGGAAUUUGUUGGAAAGGUUAGAACGAAAUUUGCUCUUUAUUAUUUUUAUUAUUAAUUUGUGGUUAUGCCAAAAAAACCCAAAUGUAGCCCACUUCACUUGACAUUUCGAUUUUUAGGGAGGCAAUCACUAACCAACAGUGCAUAGUACUGUUGCAUAGUUGCAUUAUAUUGAAUUUAUAGACGUAAAUUGCUGAAAGGGAAUCAGAAAUUUCCAUUAGAUGGGCUUUCAGAUGAUGACCACCCCUGACCUAUGUUGUACCAUAUUAUUACAAUUGUAUUAGAUAUUUGUAAAUUAUUUUUAGAUUAAAGAUGCGCCUGCUGCAAUGAUUUCAGAGGUCAUUUCUGAGGUGGCAAAUCAACCCUCCUUCAUCUACCUUUUGCAGGAAUGCGGCGAAACUCGUACGCUAACUGUAAGAGAAUUAUUUUUGUACAUCCAAUUGGUAGAACUAGCCUUUCCUUUCAUGCAGUCAAACUAAAAGGUUUUAUUCUAAAGUGCUGUUUUUAGAGAAGCCGAGCUGGCCCGUUUAGUAAGACAGCCCGGUAAGUACGGUGAAUUUGCCGCAGUCAGUUAAAGUUUAUGUGGCGAAAUUUUUAUCUACUGUAUUCUCAAGAUAUUGUUCACUCAAGAUAUUGCUUUGGCAGACUGUCUCGCUAAGUUCCAAUUAAACAGUCCCUAAGAUCUGUUUAGAAGACAAAUUCCCAUUGAAUAAAACUAAAUUAAAUUAACAAGACAAUUUUUGUUGAACGGAUAUGAUUACGACCAUACGAGAUUUGCCAUCAUGAAACUUUUUAAAAAUCUGGUAGUUUUGUAGCAACCAUCUAUUGGGAGAGUAUGGCAUGCGUAUAUAUAAGAUGGUGGCUUCACACGUGUUCAGCGAAGCUAACGAUUUUUGCUAAAUAUUUUCUUGAUUUUAUGGUAGAGAACCGCUAGACAAACCGUGAAUCGUUUUCUAAACUCCAAAAGCACGCUUGGAUCUACUUUUCUUAGUAAAACAAAAAGGAAAACAGGAUUUAUUUUAAAAUAUUGAUCGAGCGCAUUACCGACAAAGCAAAAUAACAGGGACGCUAUUACAUUCAAACGUGAACGAUACGAGAUAAAGAGCUCCACCACGAAUAACUACAAGAAAGUUCCACACGAAGAGCUGGAUUUUGGAAUAUACAAAAAACACAAUCUUGUAGCAUUUCAAACGACAGAGUUAAGGCUUCCUCUAUGGAUUGAAGCCGUAUACCAUCGAUACUAUCGAAACGAAAUCUUCAACGACAUAAACAACGAACUUGAGACAAAAUGGACAGAGCAAAACGACGCAAGCAACACAUCAAAAUGCGAAGAAAUCUCGAUUGAAAUCCUUCACAAAAACGAAAACGUAUUAACAAUCACAAUCUUUGUAACCAAAGGAAGAAUUCAAAUACAAGGCCGGUUCACGAAAGCCUGGGCAAACGACGAAUUCGACCACGUACGUGCCAUUGUAAACAAUGAUGAGGAAGCCAACGAAAACACUAAGGUAUUCUCAAACAGAAUCUUAAAGAGAAAAGAUACCUCACAAAGCACAACUUCUGCCCCGGAUAACAAUUCCACCGAUGUCAACUUUGAAACGGACAAUUUCUCAGGAGAAAAGUCAUUCUCGAUGCUGAAAAACAUAAUUGCGAAUCUGGAGUCAGAAUUUGUCACAUACAAAAUAGACGCCAAUACAAAGUUAGAAGAACUAUAUAAAACAUUAGAGAAGAAAGAUAACGAAAUAGCAAUGUUGAAGCAAGAAAUAACCAAUCUAAAAACAAUAAACAACAAUCAACAACAAACACUCAGUGAUCUCAGUCUGAAACAACUAGAAAUAGAAGAAAGCAUCGAACAUUUACAAAGCGAACACAAAAAUGAAAGAGAGAAAAGCAAAAAACUCGCGGUAAAGGAAAUAGCGGCAGCUAAAAGUACCUCACCGGACAAGGAAACCCAACCACCACCUACCCACACAAUCUUAAAUUGUAUCAUCCCCACAGCAAACCGCUUUGAACCCUAA